UGUUCAGUAGCCACCGCCAUUUUGUCAGGUUAACAUUGAGUAAAAUUGUGUAUAAAACUUUAUUAAAACAUUAAUAUUUUGGCAUAAUAAUAAGCCAAAAUAAACGGAUUUAAUUAACGUGUGGUGUUUUAAACAAAUGGCUUGUUUGAAUACACUCAAACAAGAGAUAAAAACUCUCGAGGCACUAUUUCCAAAAAGUCAUGAACGUUUUCAGAUAAUGUCUGCGAGUGUCGACGAACUCAGCUGCAGAUUCAUUGGUAAAAAUGGAAAGAAAUAUGAAAUUCACGCUAACAUUACAGAAACUUAUCCUUCAACACCACCAGUAUGGUUUGCUGAAUCCGAAGAAACAAGUGUUACAAAUGCUGUACAAAUAUUGAGCAAUACAACAGGACGUGAUAAUCAUGUUAUAAUUCAAGUUGGAAUAUUAUUAAAAGAAUUAUGUCGUCUUCAUUCAUUACCAGAACCACCAGAUAUAGAAAGGCUAAUAACAGCACCAGAUCCAUUACGUUUGGGUGGUAAUAAUGUUGUUGUAGCACAAAGAAUGGAAGCUGAAGAUACUGAAGAUAUUGAGGAAGAUGAAGAGAGUGAAUCAGAAGAAGAUUUACAUUUAGAUAUGGAUGAGGGUGAAGCUAAUGCAAAAAGCAAGGCUGAUGAUAUGGACCUGGAACAUUUAGCAACAUUAGAAAGGUUGAGACAAAAUCAAAGACAAGAUUAUUUAAGAGGUUCAGUGUCUGGUAGUGUACAAGCAACAGACAGGCUCAUGAAAGAAUUGCGUGACAUAUACAGAAGUGAUAGUUUUAAAAAAGGAAUGUAUACUGUAGAGUUAGUUAGUGACAGUCUCUACGAAUGGAACAUCAAAUUAUUAUGUGUUGAUCCUGAUUCACCUCUUCACAAGGAUCUUGCUUUACUCAAAGAAAAAGAAGGAAAAGAUUGCAUACAACUUAACAUGAUAUUUAAGGAAACAUAUCCAUUUGAGCCACCUUUUGUACGAGUUGUACAUCCAAUAAUUUCUGGUGGUUAUGUACUUGUUGGAGGAGCAAUAUGCAUGGAAUUAUUAACAAAACAAGGCUGGAGUUCAGCUUAUACUGUCGAAGCAGUGAUAAUGCAAAUAUCAGCAACACUGGUUAAAGGAAAAGCACGUAUACAAUUUCAGGGUGCAAGUGGUACCAGUAAAGUUUGUGGUGGACAACAAGGUCAAUAUAGCUUGGCACGUGCACAACAAUCCUUUAAAUCUCUAGUUCAAAUACAUGAAAAAAAUGGUUGGUAUACGCCGCCAAAAGAAGACGGCUAGUAAUGCAAUAUAAAUUAUGUAAAAAAAAAAAAAAACAAACAAACAUGUGCAGAAAAACGAAAUAGUUGACAUGUGCUUACAAUUAAGACUUUUUAAAAACAAAAAAAAAAAAAAAAAACAAAUCAAGUGUAAGUCCAACAACGUAAAUGUAAUAAUGAUUUCGUACGCAAACACAAACAUUAAUUUUAGAUAAAACUAAAAAUACUGAAUUAAGCAUAUAAUAAUAAUUAUUAUUUCUUUUUUUGAUUGCUAUAAAAAGGCUGCCGUGAAAACAGUCAAGUGUUUGAACUUGUAGAUAUCAAUGGUGAUAAGUUAUUGAAUCGCAAUUUAAUAAUGAAAAUAAUAUUUCAUUGAAUGAAUGUUACUACGUGUGAUUAGAAUGUGAAUAUCUUUGUUUAUUAUUUUUUUUUCUUUUUUUUUAUUAAUAUUUAAUAGUUAAUUUAAUUUGUUUUUUUUUCAAAUAAACAAAUAAAAUAUUAGGCGCCAUUAAAAUUAAUUCAUUAGUUUAUUAUUUUCUUGCCUUUUUUAUUUGAAAUUUAUUUUAUUACUCAAUCAGCAUUGAAAAUCAUUUAUCAUAUUUUAUCAAUGCUGAGUUUGAAAAUGUAUUAUACUGAAACCAGUAAUCUAAAUCAUUUAUUAACAUGCAUUUUUUACAUUUUCACAUUAGUUUAUUAUUAUUAUUAUUAUUAAUUAUUUUGGUCUGUAAUUAAAAAUGGUUGCGUGACCUUAUUCAUUUAACAUUUUCAUGAUUUUAAAAAUAUUAAGAACGAGAGAAAAUGAUGACUGAGAUAGUAUGUCUUUUUUUUUUUAUGAUUUUUUUUUUUCUUUAAGAUGUGUGUGGUCACGCUUGCGUUGACUAUUAUAAUUACCAAGAUAUAUAUAUAUUUUUUUUUCUCAACUAAAAUAUGAUUAUCGAGAGUAUGAGUUUGACAACGUCAAGUAGUGCACUGGCAUGACGAUUAUUUAUCACACAAUGAUACGAACCUGCAAAUAAAUGAAAAUAUAAAAAAUUUAAAAUAAUGUAUAAUAUUAAACGACAAAUGGCGGGUGAAAUAUCAGCUGCUCACAUUUAUUUAUUAAAUAAAAAAAUUGAAAAAUACAAAAAAAAAAAAAAAAAAAUGAAAAACCGGGA